AUGAACAGGGAUUGGGUGCGCCCAGUCCAGGCCCUAAUCUGGGCUGCCUGGGUCCUUGCAGCCGCCUCCAAGGGGCCGGCUGUUGAAGUGCCACAGAGGAACACCUGGCUGGGAUGGGUCCAAGGGAAGCAAGUCACUGUGCUUGGAAGCCCCAUGCCUGUGAACGCAUUCCUCGGAGUCCCCUAUGCCGCACCCACUCUGGGAACCCUGCGCUUUGCAAACCCACAGCGUGCAUUGCCUUGGGAUGACUUGCGAGAAGCCACCUCCUACCCUAACAUGUGCUUCCAGAAUGCUGAGUGGCUGAUCUCAGAUCAACACAUGCUCAAGGUUCAUUACCCCAAACUCGGAGUGUCCGAAGAUUGCCUGUACCUUAAUAUCCACGCGCCGGCCCAUGCUGAUGUGGGCUCCAAGCUCCCUGUCAUGGUGUGGAUCCCAGGGGGCGCCUUUGAAACUGGCUCAGCCUUCUUCGAUGGGUCUGCCCUGGCCACCUAUGAGGAUGUGCUAGUUGUGACCAUCCAGUACCGACUAGGAAUAUUUGGUUUCUUCAGCACAAGCGACCAGGACGCUCUGGGGAACUGGGCCUUCAAGGACCAGUUGGCUGCCCUAUCCUGGGUCCAGGAGAACAUCAAGUUGUUUGGUGGGGACCGCGGUUCUGUGACCAUCUUCGGCGAGUCUGCAGGAGCCAUAAGUGUUUCCAGCCUCGUCCUGGCCCCCAUGGCCAUUGGCUUAUUCCACAGAGCCAUCAUGGAGAGUGGGGUGGCCAUCAUCUCUUACCUGAAGGCGCCCAAUGACGAAAGAAAGCACUAUUUGCAGAUGGUUGCAGAUUCUUGUGGCUGCAAUGCAUCAGACUCCAAGGCCCUGCUGAAGUGCCUGAGGGCAAAGUCAUCCAAGGACUUGUUGUGCCUCAGCCAGAAAGCAAAGUCUUUCACUCGAGUGGUGGAUGGUCUUUUCUUUCCUGAUGAGCCUCUAGAACUAUUGACUCAGAAAGCAUUUAAAGCAAUUCCUUCUAUCAUCCGAGUCAAUAACCACGAGUGUGGCUUCCUGCUGCCCAUGAAGGAGAUUCCGGAGAUCCUUGGUGGCUCCAACAAGUCUUUUGCCCUCCAUUUGAUACACUCCAUUCUGCACAUCCCCACCCCAUAUAUGCACCUUGUGGCUAAUGAAUACUUCCACGGCAAGCACUCCAUGGUUGCAAUCCGAGAUAGUUUACUGGACUUGUUUGGAGAUGUGUUCUUUGUGGUUCCUGGGCUGGUCACAGCUCGAUAUCACAGAGAUGCUGGUGCACCUGUCUACUUCUAUGAGUUUCAGCACCGGCCUCAGUGUUUUGAAGACACGAAGCCAGAUUAUGUAAAAGCUGACCAUGAUGAAAUCCGCUUUGUCUUCGGAGGUGCCUUCCUGAAGGGUGACGUCAUAUUUGUCGGAGCCACGGAGGAGGAGAAAGUGCUGAGCCGGAAGCUGAUGAAAUGCUGGGCUAACGUCGCUCGCACCGGGAGUCCUAACGUGGGCAGUCUGCCUGUGUGGCCGGCCUACGACCUGUCCGAGCAGUACCUGAAGCUGGAUUUGAACAUGAGCCUCGGGUGGAAACUGAAAGAGCAGAGAGUGGCCUUUUGGACCCAAACGCUUCCCCUGAUAAUGUCCACGUCUGCAGCUGUCCUCACUUCAGAGAAGGUGAUUGUGUGUUGCCUAAAAGCGAGAUAUGUGGAGGAGGAAAACAUGCUGGAGAGCAAUGGAAACCAGACACCAUCCAAGGUCAAGAACCCAGAAGUCAAACGCCAGGCAGCAAGGACAUCUUCCAGGAAACUGUCAUUGAUAAAUACCUAUUUCUAUGAUGUGAACGACACCUCUGAAGUGUUACCUUCUGCAGUGCACAACCUGCACGACUGUUCUCAGCAACUCUGA